CCCUCCCUCCUGGUGAUGAUUAAUUUGAAUUGGCAUAAUGACAAUGUAAUAAGCAUGGCAAACUUUGUAGAAACUGAUAGCCCGCUACCUACACCUACAUUCAGCAGAAAAUUUUCUGGAUUAUGUUCAAACGACAGUGAAAGACAACCAGAAAGUAAAAACACUCAGCAGUUUGUUAGAAAAUGUUGUGUCAGAAGAAAGGUAAAUGUCCAAACUGAGGGAGUUAUCAGGAGUGGCAAUGGAGGUAACUCUGGUUCCAAAACCAAGAGAUUAAGGAAAAAGGAAAAUGUAAGCGAUACCAUUAUUCCUACAUUAUACCGCGUGAUCAAUACUAGUCCUAGUCAUAGCCCCAGGAAUAGCACAAACACACACAAUACCAGUACAAAAACUAAGAUUCCAGUGCCCACUUGCAGCAUAUCUAGUCAGAGCCGCAGGCCUUAUCGUUGUACCUCUGGCACAGACGGUUCAAACGGUACAGACCAGCUCACUGACGUCUUGAGAAGUGCUGGGACAAAACACAGCAAAGCUCAAGAAAUAUCCAGGAAAGCCUCUUUAAAUAUUAGCUCACUUAAUGUGUGUAAUUCAGGACACAGGACUUCUCCAGUUCAAAUUAAAGAUGCAAUUUCAGAAAGAGCAAAGCAUAUUUCAGUUAGUAAGCAUUACACGACUCGGACAGGGGAGAGUAGUGAGGACAGUGAGGAUGAUAUUGGAGGGCAUGAUAAUGUGGUGGCCAUUAGCUACAAGCAGUAUGACAUUAGUGGUAAAUGCUGGCAGUUCGUGGCAGAUAGGACAACUGAAAUGGAAGUUUUCGUUGGAACUCACAAGAACGCAGUUUUAACUGAAAACGUUGAAAAAAUGAAGAGAGAGAAUGAAAUGAAGAAAAAGAACAGUGUUUGCAAGGCAAAAAAUAAGAGAGACUUUGAGGUACAACUCCACGAUUAUAAUGGUAAUAUGAGUAAUACCUCUGAGCAGAGACACAAACAAUCACUAGUUGACAAUAGUUUGAAAGAUGGAAUCGGAGAUGUCUUACAGACUUUAAAUGCUAAAGUUAGAGACAGUGGACUAUCUCCAGCAUGCUUUUCUACAACAAACUCACAAUCAACAGAAAAUAAUUCAAAGAUUGUCAGUAGCAUCAGCAAAGAUAUGUAUGACAGAAGUUCAAUUAUCAUGGAACAAGAGUUAACAAGGAGCGAAAAGAAGCCACUAUACACCUCUGAGCACACUGUAACCAAUCCCCACCGUGGAAAUCGAUCUGUCAGGUACCCAGCCCGAGGGUCUGCCUCCCAGGAUACUGACAUAAACAAUACAUUAAAUUAUAAGGAAUGGAUGUUAGGCCCUCUUAGCUCUGCAGAAUCUGAGAUUAAAAGUAAGGUAACUAGUAGUAAAAUCAUUGGAGAUGAAGGACUUUGGCAACACACUUCAGAAGAUUGUAAAUUCGACAGUGAAACUAAAAGUCAGCCAGGGUUAGGUAAAACGUGUAACGUUGAACCUGAGAUCAUGCAGGGCCAAAAACUAAAUAAUGAAAAAUUCCAAGAAUCUUUGGAUAACACAUUGGCUAUGACGUUGAGUCUGGAUCAUAAUUGGAAAAGCAACCCUGGAAGGUUUUCAUUUGAUAAUAUAGUAAAUAUAUGUAGUAAGACAGUGGCAAGCAGCAUCAGACACUGCAUAGCCGAGUCGCCAAAUGAAGUGCCAGUGAAUGUAAAAGACAUAGGUUUGGAAAGAGGGGCAGCAAUAUUUGGUGGAAUUAUAAAAGGGUUUGUGGCUACACUACCCUCUGAUGUGAAUACUAAUUUGGAGAAUGGCGGAGAUGCACCAAAAACACUGCUUUCUUACGUUGAGGAGACUGUGGGCGAGGUACACUCCUUAGGAAAAAAAACAGAUAGUAAUAGUGAUAUAGACACAAUACAACAAGUCUGUGACAGGUUUAAAAGUACAAAAGACUUGACCACACUAUCACAAGAUGAGGUAGAUGUGUCAACAAACAAGGAGUCUGUUAGUGAAUCAUGGGCUGGCGAUGCAGUAACAGACACACACACUAAUAAUAGUGUGUCUGCCUUGCCAAGUUUUAGUCGUAUGGAUGAACCAAAGAUACACAGUAGACGUGGCUCUGUUGAUAUUCAAGAAUCCUCACGAAUACGUUUAAGCAAAACAGGAAGGAUAGAGGUAAUAGAUGCUAACAUGAUAGAUGAAGACUCAGAACAAGUGAAUGAAGAGGGACAGGAUGAAACCCUCAAAGAUAAUAGGAGUGGAUGUUCUGUAUCAUAUGAUGAUAAAAGCAUUGCGACAGCUAGGAGAAGUAGCUUUACUGAACGUUUCAACAUGUGGCGCUUGUCGUGGAAUCUAAAAAAUGAUAGCCAGCCACCGAGCCGGAGUGAGUCCUUGAAGCUCCGGCUGCAGCAACGGAGAGCCAGUGUGUCAGAUUUCACAUCCAGUUUUGAUAAUAGGAGAAAUACGUUUUCUGGAACAUUUAACGAUUUAUAUCUUUUGGGUCAGAAUAUCAAGAAGUCCAGUACUGUAGAAACUCCAAGGCUGAAAAGAAAAUUAUGCCUUGACGUUCCACCAACCAGGAGAGGCUCGGUCUCCAGCCUGACUUUGUUCAGGACCUCAAGCGACACAGUGCCGGUCAUCAGGAGGCACAGUGUCGAUGAAAGGUCUAGGAAAGUCAUCACAAUGGAAAAAGCCUCAGUCGAGAAAGCCUCUGAUGCUUUCUCCUAUUUCUUUGAGUAUCCAGUUCUCCAACAAGAUGCACGUGAACUGGCCCGCCUAGAACUGCAAUCAGCCCUUCGGGAUUCAUGCAGUCAGGAGUGUCGCGGGCCAAGGCUACUUGCGGGACCUCGGUCAGAGGCCCAGAUCAUCAUCACCUCUGCACCAAAUGGCUAGACUCUACUUUUUAAGGCCUGUGAGGAGGGUCAGCGUGAGAUGGUGAGACUGCUACUGGAUCAUGGGGCAGACGGUAGGAUUCACCCUGUCACGAAGUACUCGCCGCUCUAUAUUGCCUGCUACUAUGGCCGCAGGGAUAUAGCUGAAAUGCUGCUAAAGAAAUUCCCAGCCCUUGCGAUGUGUCCACAUAGGCUUUGGUGCCACGCAUCCCUGUUUCCAAUGUGCUGCUACUACUAUACUAUUAUUAUAAAGCUAAAUUUUAUUAGUAUAUCUAUAAUUGUCUGCUACAAGCUUUUGUGUGUUGUGAUUAUUUCUUUAGAAUUUUUUCAUAAAACUAAAAAGAAAAAUUCCAUUUUGCUUAGGGAUAAGACUGGACAAUACGAAUAUGAAAUGGCCUUUGAUAUUAACAUGAAGGAUGUAACUGGACAGAGUGCAUUAUACCUAGCCUGUUAUGUUGGCAAUCAAAAGCUUGUUGAUCUUCUAAUCAAACACAAAGUGCAAGGAGUGAAAGUCAAGACUAAAGAAGAACAAGAAAAAGAAAGACAUGAAAAGGAACAGGACACCAGUAGUAAUGAUUCAAAAUCUAGCAGUAGAGAAAAUACCAAAACAAGCAUUAACUCAAAUGCAGAACUAGUAGAGAAGAGUGAUGAUGUUGCCAGUCCAACUAAACACAGAAUUUCUGGUGGCAUUCAGGCUCUAAUGUCAAAGUUAAACCUUGUCAGAACAGAUAGCAACCAAAAGGAUAACAUGAUUUCACCACUGGACAUUGAUAUGUAUUGCAAUAGUAACACAGGUAAGAUAAACACUUACUCUUAUAUUUUCUUGCUAAGUAAUUACACUCUUAUUGUUCUGAAGCCCUUAGGAAUAUACAAUAUGGUCCCCAUAAGUCAAGGAAGAGGAUUGAUCUGUGUGGUCACUCCUCCACUUCUGACAGCACUUAACAUCGCAGUAAAGAACAAGCAUCACCAGCAUUGUGUCAAUGCUGCUGCAGCAGGAAGCAAACCCCAACCUUCUCGGGUAUACUUGCCUGAUGAUGAGAUACGCCAACGGACUAGCGAGGAAGAGUAUAUUUUCCACAAGAAAAUAGUGAUGCACACCAAUAUUUUGCUAGGCUCAACUGCUUUGGUAGAAGCAUGUCGUAACCGAGACUUGGGUAUGUUGGACCUGCUGCUCAAAAGCCAUGCUAGGGAUGAUGAAUGCAAAGCUCUCUUCAUUGCUGCUCAUGCCAAGGAUGAAAUCAUUGUGUCCAAACUCCUUGCACUCAAGGCACAUCCUGAUCCAGAAUUCAAGGUGAACAAGAGAGCUCUUGAGAUCAAACCAAGCCAACAAUUCAGUUCUCUGGGUGUGGGAAAUGCAGGUGGAGUGUACUCAUCCCUCGCACCAACCACACCAGUCAUGAUCAACUGGCAUGGACAGCGCUGUCUUUCAUAUUUAAAGGACCAGUGGUUAGUGGAUGCUUCAGUGAACCUCAAUCCGAAGCUGAAGCUAAGUCCACGUAAUCAAGUCAUUGCACUGUAUGCAAUCACACGCUUGGACAUUUCUAACAAUUCUUUAACUGAGCUACCUGACAUGAUCUUCCAACUUCCUAGUCUGAAGACAUUAAAUGCGGCCCAAAACAAGAUAGAGAAACUACCUCCAACCAUUGGUCAAUUUAUUGAUGGCACAGUAACAUUACCAAGAAAAGGAUCCAAGAAAGAUCUUUUCCUUGGUCCAGUAUCGGUGCUAGAUGAAGUUCAUUUACAGGAUAACAGAUUAGAUUCUCUACCAGAUGGUAUCUUCAUGCUACCUACCCUCCAGCUUCUUGAUGUGUCUAACAACAAGUUGUCAUCAUUGCCAUACAAGAUGUGGACUGCUCCCAAAUUACGAGAACUCAAUGCUUCUCUUAACCUUUUGCAUGACCUCCCAGUACGACCGGAUGGAUUUGGCCACGAUUCAGGGAUGGGUUCAGAUGCCCUGAGUGAGAUAAGUGAUGAAGACAGCUUAUCAUCCACCAGUGAUCUUCAUCUUAGUCUCUUGGAUGAUUCAACAGAUGAGUCUCCAGCUCGCCGUAAGACCCCGGACCCAAGAGGUGUGCUGUCUUUAGGAAAACAUGGAAAUGUCAUCACCUGCUGCCGUCGCCGAGAGCUGAAGCAUCACAGCUUGUGGUCCAAUUCAGUAGAGAUCCAGGAGUCCUUAGUUGGAGUGAGGGAAACAGAAGAAGAAACUCUGUCUAAUCUGCAGUCUCUUAACUUAUCCCACAAUGCCUUUACAUCCGUUCCUAGUGGUCUGGCUUGCCUGGCGCUCUCCCUUAACCGUCUCAAUCUUAGCUAUAAUAGACUAAAUGAAAUGGGUUCAGCCAGCAGUUACCCAGUUGGAUUGAAACAGUUAGACCUGUCUCACAAUCGUAUCCGAGCCUGGCCCACAGUGGCCCAUAGUGAGUCCCUGGAAAGUCUUGAAUCUACUCUGUCAUCGUGCUAUGCACUUGCAGAAAUCUCAAAGAGUAGCAGAUUUUCAUGCCAAGGACGCAAGUUUGGUCAGAAUCUUAACGUGCCUCGUGUAAGAGGAGGUACAAGCUCUCCCCUUGGCUCCUCCCCCACACCUGGUCACUGUGUCCACCGACGACAUAUUCGUCUCGAGUCUCUGCGAACGCUAAUUUUGGCAGAUAAUCAGUUGACUCGACUCUGCUUAUAUCUAGAUGACAACGAAUUCUCACUGGUGAAUGAAGUUGAUGAAAAUGAAACAAACCCCGUCCGAGCCAGUACCCCUAGGAAAUCCUGGUUGCUGUUUCCUAAUCUUUCCAUGUUGGAUGUUAGCAACAACCUUCUGCGGGAUUUGCCCACAACACUUCAUGAGCUUACAAACUUAUCUGUACUAAAUAUAUCAGGAAAUAGUGACAUUACUGAGCUGCCACCGGAGAUGGGUCUCUUGUCUCGCCUCUGGAAUCUCAACACUCGAGCAUGUUCAUUACAAGAGCCGCUUAAGUCCAUGAUUGAAAGCAAGAAAUAUAAAACCAUGGAUGUUAUUGGGUAUCUUAAGAGCAUACUGGAGGAUGCAAGACCAUAUGCAAGAAUGAAGUUAAUGAUAGUAGGUGUUCAGGGUAUUGGUAAGACUUCUCUCCUGGAACAACUGCGCCAUGAAGGGACUGGAUCCUACAGGAAAAAGCCUGUUGAACAUUGGGCAAAAAGAAUGGGGAAUAAAAACAUCAACACACGCACCUCACGAGGCACCAGCAUGUCCACAGUGGGUGUCGACAUCGGAGACUGGAUAUAUGAAAAGAAAGUUAGAGGCCACAGCAACUAUGGUCCAGUGGUCUUCAGGACAUGGGACUUUGGUGGUCAGAAGGAAUAUUAUGCUACUCACCAGUAUUUCCUCUCUAAGAGAUCACUAUAUCUUGUUGUGUGGAAGAUCAGUGAUGGUGAGAGAGGUGUUGCAGAGAUUUUACAGUGGCUAGUUAAUAUUCAGGCUCGAGCUCCCAACUCUCCUGUUCUAAUAGUUGGUACUCACUAUGACCUUGUGAAAGAGAAGUUUCCACCAUCUUGGAGUGAAGAUCUGCAGCAGCUGAUUCGUGACAAAUUUAUCAACGUUAUUGAUGCUGAUAAAUUAGGCUUGCCACGGGUUUUGGACACCAUUGAGGUGAGCUGCAAGACAAGACACAACAUUAAGCUUCUUUGCAACUUGAUAUAUGACACCGUCUUCAGUCUCAAAACGCCUGGGAGCAAAGAACGGUUGCUUGAGCAACGCAUCCCUGCCUCUUACCUUGCUUUAGAGGAUGUUGUUGGUGUUCUGGCUCUGGAACGACGUGUUCAGGGCCGUGACCCAGUGUUGCCUGCAGACAAAUAUCAGGCUCUUGUUACCCAGGAGAUGUCUAGUAGAGGUCACCGUCCAUUCAGAGAUGUAGCCGAGCUCAAUCAAGGCACAACUUUUCUCCAUGAGAAUGGUGUUAUGCUUCAUUAUGAAGAUGCAACCUUGAAGGACUUAUACUUCCUUGACCCUCAAUGGCUGUGUGAUAUGUUGGCUCAUGUGGUCACCAUAAGAGAAAUCAACCCAUUUGCUCGAAAUGGCAUCAUGAAACUUGAUGAUCUGAAACACGUGUUCAAGUCAUCAACAUGUGCCCCUGUGGAUGCCAAGUCAUACAUAGUGAAUUUACUCAACAAAUUUGAGGUGGCUCUCACAUGGGACAAUAGAACCCUUCUCAUUCCUUCUCUGCUGCCCUCGGAGGAACAGCUGCGGAGUGGACUACUUGGCAUGGAUGUUAGGGUAAAGAUUCCAGUACGUUCAAGAGGCUGGGCUGUGCGGAGCAAAAAGUUUUCCAGUACGUCUGGAUCUACCAUUGUUGGCAAUUCUGCCUUCUAUAUGGCAAACACUGAGGAGCGUAAGCCAUCACGACCCUCGUCUUAUCAUGGACUUACAACAGAGGCUAUAGGGAGUCCCAAGAAAGAAACUGUGAACCUGGUAUACAACUCCAUCACUCAGAGGUUCCGGGUAUGACAAGUAACCCAUCGCUCAGCACACGCUGCAAUAAGAUGACUCCUGCUCAUGUCAUAUUUUCCCUCUGGGUUUUGGUCACGGCUAAUCACCAGGAUUUUGGCAGAUGAUGCAGUUGUUGAUAUUAUCAGAAAUUACUUUGUUAUGCCUCGAGAGGUUCUAAAUGACCGUGGCCUGUCAUCAGUCCUGGGUGGGCAAGCAGAGUGGGUGUGCUGGCAGACCGGCAUGGAGCUUCAUUAUGCUCACACCACAUUAUUUCGCAUGAGAGAGGUCCUGCCCAUACAUUCCUAUGGUCCAUGUAUGGCAUCUCAUGGACCUCAUACUCCAACUCAUGGCCCCAACCACCCCUCAACUCAGCCCAAUCACUUUGUGUAUGACUACAAGAGUAUGCGCUUCCUUGUUCGCCAAGAAGGUGUUUGGUCAGAUGUUGAGGUCAAUAACUCAGCUGUGUUAGAAAUAUGCCUUCCAAAUGAAGCCGUUGUUAUCAAGCGUCCUUUACAAGAAAAUGAUGUUGCAAACUCAGUAGUAGAUAUCUUGGCCUCUGGUAUACAGUCUGUUGUUCUCGACCCAGCCCCUGAAUGUGUUGCCAAACUCCUCUCCCUUGCUGUCGACCACAUUGAUACCUUGUUGGAAGACUGGUAUCCAACUCUUGGCACACGUUUUGUUCAUACAAGUGAAGGAAAGUUCCUAGUGACGCGUCUGGUUCCUUGUCCUGUGUGUUUGGAGUGUCAUGGUCAACACGAAGGUCCUGGCAACCAUCCGCAAGCCCGUCACUUACCUGAUAAUUGGGGAUCAUUUGUAGAGAUGAACCCAUUGUACUGCUCCAUGACAGCAUCCCAGAUCUCUCAGGAUCUGAAUGCCUCGCAUAACUCUUCUCUGGAGCGCUCCCUCCUUACUAACAGUAUACUUGGAACUCUGGCUCCCUCUCAGCAGAGUAAUCCUGCAUCUGUUCCAUUUGGUGGAGUCUCCUCACCACAACCUGGGGGAAGGUCCUCUACAUCUUCACCAGCUGCAGGGGGAGGUGGAGGAGUAUCACCAGCUGGAGCUGCAGGUGGAGGAAGCAUGUCACCACAGCUUAUGAGACGAAGCUGGGGAUCACGCGAGUCAUACACUUCAGAUGGUGACAGUGGAGUGGGAGCAGAAUCGACCACUUCAAGCAUACAAGGACUAAUAUUCAUGAGUCGCAAAGCAUCUGCUGAGGGAAGACCUGACCUAGACAACAGUGGUAACAAUGAAGGAGAGAGCUCAGGAGGUCAGGAAGUGACACCAGUUGUAUACUCCUUUAUGGUGGAGGAGUGCAUAUUGGCAGCCUACACAGCACGAUCUGUGCCCUGUCCUCUACAUGCAGAUUUGCUUUUGGCCCAAAUUGCUCCUGACACAGUAUUUCUGGAUUUGGGUGACAGGUACCUCGUUCGCCCGGAAGUAAUCAAACAAGGGAAGUUGUUGGGACGUGGUGGCUUUGGCUUUGUCUUCCAAGGCACGUGUCGAAACAGAGUCAAUGGUGGACCUAUGGAUGUAGCCCUAAAAAUGUUACAACCUGUUGAUCCUGGCAGUAAUGCCCGUCAAAGUGCCAUUGUUGCAUACAAGGCUGCCCAAAGCAAGUGGGAGCGGGAUCCUCUUCAGUAUGCAUGUAAAGCCUAUUGCUCAGCUAGACAAGAGGUGAAUAUCCUUUUGGCUCUGCGUCACCCACACAUUGUGCCACUCGUUGGUGUUUGCCCACGUCCACUUGCUUUAGUCCUAGAGUUAGCACCUCAAGGAGCUUUGGAUCAGUGCCUGAAACAUUACCAGCGUUCAGGUGGUAGACUUUCCCUCCAUACACUUCAGGCUGUAAUCCUACAGGUUGCCAAGGCUCUAGAGUACCUCCACGGUCAGCACAUCAUCUACCGGGACCUGAAGAGUGAGAAUGUGCUGGUGUGGGAAUUGCCACCACCAUUCCACCAUCAAACACAUCCAAAAAUAGAUGUCCGAUUAGCAGACUAUGGUAUCAGUCGAUCAAGUCUGCCAACUGGCACUAAAGGCUUUGGAGGAACAGAAGGCUUCAUGGCUCCUGAGAUGAUGAGACAUAAUGGAGAAGAAGAGUACACUGAGAAGGUUGAUUGUUUUUCAUUUGGAAUGUUCAUGUAUGAACUGCUCACAACACAUCAGCCAUAUGAGCAUUGUGACAAUGUAAAAGAACAUGUACUGGAAGGUGGCAGGCCAGCACUAACACACAGGGAAACAGAAUACCCAGUAUAUGUACUGGACCUUAUGGUUAUGUGUUGGUCUCAACAACCUCGACUUAGACCAUCAGCCUCUCAGAUAGUUUCAAUUGCUUCUGCUCCAGAGUUCACUCACUUAUUAGAUGUUGCCUCGCUGGAUCACUCAUUGAAUAUAAUGGAUGCUAUUCGAGUACCUCCAUCUGUAGUGAGGGACGAAGAUGGUGAAUUAGUAGUGCGUGACCAAGGCAGCGUUUGGGUGAGCCGUACAUCACCUCAGCUGGAUAUGGUGGGAGCUGGGGAGUGGGGGUGGGGAGCAUACACUAGUAUUGAGGGUCUUCCUGAUACAAUCACAGCCAUGUGUUGUGUGGGAGAAUAUGUUUGGCUUGGAGAUAAUGCUGGAAACAUCCAUGGUUAUAAUAUGGUAGAUUAUGGUCGUGUGUUCAGCUACUGUCUGGAGCCUGAUGCCCCUCAGUCAUCUCCAGUUCGGUCACUCUGCAGUCUUCAUGCUCUUGGUAGAGUGGCUGUUGCUCUUUGUAAUGGUCGUCUCUUCUUGUGUAGCUCUGAUGUUACACCAACAUCACCAGUACUAGGAGAAGGCAGUUUUGUUAUGACAGAGUUGGCCGGUUCUACACAAGAGAUUCAUUGUCUUGCUGUCUCCCAGACUCUGACAUCGUGGUCUUUAUGGUGUGGAGGAAGUGAGGGCACAAUGAGUGUGUUUUCUUUGAGAGAUGAUGGCUUAGUCUUGAGUCAGGAUUCUGUAUCUCACUUGACAACUUCAACCCCACCUACAGCCAAUGAUGCUUGUGAUGUCUUGAUCCUUCAUGCACCACAAAAUCUCACCACUGUCUCUCCACAUCUUAGAAAUUCCAUCUGGUCAUACGUUUAUCCUGGUUGUGUAGUGUACCACUGGGAUGCAAAAGAACAGAAACUAAUUAAUCGCUUAGAUUGUUCCAAGUUGGUACCUUGCUCAGAAAGCUUGCAGUCUAUUAGUAUUGAAGAACACUUGUCUCCCUCUCAUUGCCAAGUAUCAGCAGUGGCAGUAUGUGGUAGUGAGGUCUAUGUUGGCACUACAUGGGGAUGUGUUGUUGUAGCAGAAGCAGAGUCAAUGCGCCCAAUUACAGUGUUUAGACCAUAUGAAGACGAAGUGCGUGCUAUAGUUCCUCUUCCUCCCUCGUCAGUUGUCUUAGAUCAAGAUGGGAAUCUUGAGGAUCCAUCAGAUCCUACUGAUGUGGAAAAUGAAAGAAGAUUCACUCCAACUCCAUUAUUGGCAACCAUUGGAAAAGGCUACCGUAAUCUAUUAGGACGCUAUGCACCGAUGCCUCGUUCAGCACAGCCCGAGCCAGCAGCUCAGAGGGCUAUGUAUUGUUUACUGUGGAGAGCUCAUCAUUGGCUCAAUACAUGAAGAGCCACAGCAUUGUGCUUAGCAACAUAUUUGAUAACAGAAAUGUCAAUAAAUAAUGGCCUUUUGUGCAGUCUCUGUGAGACAUAUAUAUUGCAACUAAUAGAUGAAGUCUUGUGCAUUUUUGAGCUCAAAUUGACAUUUACCAAUUUUUUUUUUUUUAGGUUGUAUUAAUAACAGUUAAAUAUUUGCUCAGGCUACUCAAAGAAACUGAUGAAGAAAGAUACAGCUAAAUUUGGGGAUGAUUGUAUAUAUACAGUCAAGCCAUAGUUAUACGAUGUUGGAGGAUCAAAGCUAGUUUUUUUGUUAAAAUUAAAUAUUUUUAUCAAAAUUAUAUAUUUAUUUAUAAUUAUUAAAACUUUGAAAUUCAGUGGACAAAACAAAAGCUUGAGGUAACAAUGUUUACAGUUCAUAUUUAUAUCAAGUCCAGGAAAGUUUGGAAUGAUUAAAAUAUUUUUUAAACUAAUGAAUUAAUUUUGAAAAGGUAUGAACCUCCAAUAUAUUGCUAGAUGUGAUUUAUUUUCACAAGAACCUUUUUGUUAUAAAUCAUACAAGAAAUUGCCUUAAAUAUUACUUAAUGUUAGGUGGCAGAUGUAAAGGUGUUUUUAAUGUGUUAACAGAUGAAUUUUCUAGUUAUAUAUAACAGUAUCUGCAUUACUGCAGGCACUGGUAGUACUUCCACCUUAUUUUUAUGAAUUAAUUUCAUCUUGGUGACAUUAGUUCAAGGGAAAUACUGUACAUUGAUGGUUUGACAAAAUGUCACUACAUCUAAUUUUAUAGUUGAUAUUUUUACCAAAGAAGGGUAUUCCAGGAAGACUUGUAUAUAACAGUUUUAUUUAAUCAGCUGUGAUUUAAUGCCUACUGUAUUUCUAUGUAAACUAUAACAGCACAAGUGUACUACUUAAAAACUCACAGCGCUUUGUCAGUAAUGUCUGGCCAAUUCACAUUUUCUUAUUCUCUAGUCAUUAACUCAUUUAAUGUGAUAAUCUUUUUCUUAGUGGUAACAAUGUUUAAUUUUCUUUGAACAUGGGAUCUAUUUUUAUUAUGGUUAUCUUUAUUCAUGAAUUAUAAUUCAGCUGGAGAGACUUUAUUGUACAAGAAUUUUUGUUGGGAUAAACUUCAUACAACAGAUGUUGUCCAUCCACACGAUUUAUUGGAUUGAAAUACAUUUUCAGUACCAAAAUAAUAAGAAAA